UUAUAAAUAUAAAGAAAUUAGUGAUCCAAUUUGAGCUGAGUAGCGAGUAUUAGUACAGACUUAAUCCCAUCAAAUUCAACUGAAUUUCUCUCUCAAAUGUCACUUUCCUUGCAAUCUCCGCCUUCUUCUGCGCUCUCAUCUUCUUCUAUCCAGGGAAGAAGAUUGAGCUUCUCAGAUGGAUCCAGACCUUCUCAUUUGGUGAUCUGUUCCAAGCUUCCCAAACACUUCCCUGUGAUUCGAGCUUCGUCUGGCUCUUCUUCCUCGCUCGACACUGGCUCGGGUACUGAGUUAGAAGCCAUCUCUACUUUCAGUGAGAUUGUUCCGGACACUGUCAUUUUCGAUGAUUUCGAGAAGUUUCCUCCAACUGCUGCUACAGUCAGCUCUUCCCUCCUCUUGGGAAUUUGCGGUCUUCCUGACACCAUAUUUAGGAAUGCUGUGGAUAUGGCUUUGGCAGAUUUUGAGUGCUGUAAACUGGAAAAUUCUGAGCUGAGGCUGUCUUGUUUCUCUAACAAGGCUCUUGUGAAUGUUGGUGGUGAUUUGGCAAAACUUGUCCCUGGUCGAGUUUCAACAGAAGUGGAUGCACGACUUGCAUAUGACACACAUGGCAUCAUUAGAAAGGUUCAUGAUCUGUUGAAGCUUUACAAUGAAAUUGAUGUCCCUUCUGAGCGUUUGUUGUUCAAAAUUCCUUCAACUUGGCAAGGAAUAGAGGCUGCAAGAUUACUGGAAUCUGAGGGCAUACAAACUCAUUUGACUUUUGUAUACAGCUUCGCUCAAGCUGCAGCUGCAGCUCAAGCUGGUGCAUCUGUUAUUCAGAUAUUUGUUGGUCGAAUCAGGGAUUGGGCACGAAAUCAUUCUGGCGACCCUGAGGUAGAAGCUGCACUCAAAAGAGGAGAAGACCCUGGGAUAGCUUUGGUGACAAAGGCUUAUAAUUACAUCCACAAAUAUGGGCAUAAAUCAAAGUUGAUGGCUGCAGCAGUUCGAAAUAAGCAGGAUUUAUUUAGUCUCGUAGGGGUUGACUAUAUCAUUGCACCACUGAAGGUAUUGCAAUCUCUAAAAGAAUCCGCCACUACUCCUGGUGACAAGUACUCCUUCGUGAGGAGGCUAUCUCCAGAGAAUGCUGCCCUCUACAGUUUUAGUAAAGAAGAGCUCACAAAGUGGGACCAGUUGAGCCUUGCUUCAGCUAUGGGGCCUGCAGCUGUGGAGCUUCUAGCAAGGGGGCUGGAUGGUUAUGUUAAUCAGGCGAGGCGAGUUGAGGAAUUAUUUGGGAAGAUUUGGCCACCACCAAACGUGUAGACUGGUAUUUAGUCUGUUGCCUUUUGUUCAAAUAAGAGAGCAGUCUUUUCUAUUUUUCUUUUGUUCUGCACCUUUUCUCUUUCAGAACUUAUAAAACUUUGUUUAUCUCAACCAAUAUCAAAAUCUUUGCCACCAAUCAUGAAAAUUGAUGACUUGAAAGAGAUCUGUUCAUGUUUAUGAAGUUAUUAAUUAAUUAUUACUUUCCAA